UACAUCUAAUGUCAUGAGUGUUUAUCGUGAUUUGUUCAUGAUUUUGACGUCUGUGGACUGGUCAAUCGAAAAUCUGUGAGAGAGUACCGAGACAGGGAAUUCCAAUCUCCACAGAAGAAACUGCGUGCUCCCAUUGGGCGCUGCCGUUGUAUCCUAUAAUAUGAUCGGUUCCUGGUGUCUUGAUCUGUACCUCACUCUGAUAGUUGCGCACCUCCGACGUGACAUUGAAUUCAGUGUUCGAGCAGAGAUGAGUAGAUCAGGGACCAUCCGUCGGUUAACCUGUAUUCAAUAGUCUUUAAAAUAGUGCAAGCAAUAACCAUACGUUCAAUUUUUUACGGCCGCUAACGAGUGCCUCAGUGAUCCGAAUGUCGAAAUUACGAACUGUAAUUUUGGAUCAAUUUUCCGUAAAGAUUCGGACAAGUUAUUUCAAAUUAUGACAUAUUCGGACACUACUCAUCCGAAGAAACGAUAUAAUCAAAGCUUGAAGCCACAUCAAGACCCGGUUUAUAUUAUCAGGCCUACGGCUUAGAAAUAUAUUACAUAAUUUAUUAGUCAUUACAAAUAAAUGCCGACAAUAUCAUCGAUGGGUUAUCCGAGAGUUUGCAUAAACUUAUUUACAGGCAAACUUGAAUUCAGCACUAGUUCGUUAUUGUUUAAAAAUCAUUACGAUACAUUAGGCCUCUCUCCGAAGGCUACACAAAAUGACAUCAAGAGUGCUUACUACAAACUGACCAUGAUUUACCAUCCAGACAAAAAUAAAAGCGAGGCAGCAAAACACAAGUUUCGCAAGAUCACAGACGCAUAUGAAGUAUUGGGAAGUUACAAAUCGCGAAAAAUGUACGACCGUGGAAUGAGACCUGGUGCUGGUUCUAGGCGCAUGGAAGAGAGAGAUCCAGAAGAAGUGAAAAAAGAAGACGCCCAAACUCGCUUUUACAAGGCUAGAAUGAACAGAAGCAAAAUCGUCACUUCUGACGGUCGCUCUCCGAUAUACAACUUUGACGAAUGGGCUAAAGCACAUUAUGGUUCGUUAUUUACUCAAACUAGUGAAAGCAAAGUAAACUGUGAGCGUUUGCAAAGAGAGAAAGAGGACGACAUUCGUCGAUCGCAACAGGUUGCAAUUACCAUGCCACUUGGUAUUCUAUUUCUGUUUACCUUGGCAUCUUUCUACACUUAUCGGGAUAGCAUAAGUUAUGAUGUGAACCGAAUCACUCAUGAUACAAAAGAUUCACAGCCUUCUUCUUCUCCAGGAAUCAACAGUAAUAAGGAGAGCUCUCCCAACACUUGAAUGGCUAAGAAUGUAAUUUUCAGCUUUAGAUGAGAUAGAUUGUCAGCUGUUACUGAGUAUUGUAUAUAGUAGAAAUUUGUUUAUAGUGUUUACGCUGCUGUUCAAAUAAAAAAUACUUUAUUCAAAUA